UUUCCUAUCACAAGAACCCAUCGCCUGCUCCAGGCGAUCGCAAAGAAAAACGCUUCUCAGUUUCGCUGCUGGCGUUAGAGUCGGUGCAGCUCGCCCGAGCUCACGUGCUGUGGUCGUGUCGUCUGCACGCGCGCGCCUGCGUGUAUAUGUGUGCGUGCCUGACUGGUGUACUGACUGGUGAUCUGGUGUACUGGUGUCCGUGCCUUGCUGGUGUGCUGCUUCUAGUCGAUUCGUAGUAUUUAUAAAUUGUAGGUCUUAAAGAGCAGAAGGAAGAGGACCAUGGCAAGCGCCGGAAAUCCACCUUUCCCUUUUCUGAGGAAACUUGUGACCAAGAACGAAGCCGUCAAGGAGUUCCUGGCCGAGUUUUUCGGCACGUUCAUCCUAUAUAUGUUCGGCGGCGCGUCAUUCGCGCACUUCCUGUUCACCGACUCGAAGGACGUGUUCGCGGUGACCUUCUGCUGGGGCAUCGGCGUCAUGCUGGGCAUCCAGACCGGAGCGGGCGUCUCUGGUGGUCACGUGAACCCGAUUGUGACGACAUCGUUCGCCAGCAUUGGCAAGCUGCCAUGGCGAAAAGUACCGCACUACAUGCUUGGACAGCACCUGGGCGCCUUCCUCGCCUCGGCCAUCCUCUACUUCAACUACAUUGACCUGCUGGACAGCGUCGACGGUGGCGAGCGUCAAAUCUUCGGCAAGAACGGCACGGGCAUCUUGCUCACCACUUACCCCAACGACAACGUGCACCUUUCCGUCUGCGUCUUCGACACGAUCAUCUGCUCGGCCCUGCUCAUGUUCACCAUCAUGGUGAUCCUGGACGACCGCAACGCGAACACGACCAAGGGCAUGCACGCCUUCCUCAUCGGCAUCAUGGUGGUGGCGCUGUGCUGGGCCUACGGCGCCAACUGCAUGGCCGCCGUCAACCCUGCCAGGGACUUCCCGGCACGAGUGCUUAGCGCGCUCGUCGGAUACGGCGCCGAGACGUUCACGUUCCGCAACUUCUGGUGGAUCCCGAUGUUCGUGCCUCACCUGGGCGGCCUGAUCGGCACCUGGCUGUACGUACUGGGCGUCGGCAUGCACAUCUCGAAGCCGCAGUCCAAGGACGGACCCGAGGGGGUCAAUCUGCUACCGCUGGCGCCCAGGGCCGACAAAACAGUGGCCUAGCAGAACAACGAACGUCGCCUUCCAGAAAUCACCCCACAGCACGGAACGGACGACGCUCGCAUCUUCGUUACCACGGCUCGAUCACAGCCGAAACUGCAGCUGGCAGCUCUCAGUGAUGGCCAAGCAUUACGUCACAAACACGUACCCGUGAACUCUUCAUUCACACAACGAUAUGAGCUUGAAGCAGUCGUAGCUAUAUACAUACGCCAUAUCGCAAACGCCGUUGCAUGUUGAAAUUAUUCCUCUUCUUCUCAUCUUGCUGUGUAGCUAUUUCUCUAGACACGGCUGAAAGAAGCCAGAAAAGUUACAUAGACAGUUUUUCUACAGAAUGUGUGUAUUUUAUUUUGAUGAAAAAAUGAGAAACUUUGAAGAAGCCCCCUAUAUUCUUUUUCAGAGUUUGAAAUUGUAUAACGACGCGCUAAAGUUGCUUUGUGACUGUAAGCAAACCCCCCCCCCCCCUUUUUUUUUUUCUUCUUCUUGAAAGGUGACAAAAACAAAACAAUGGGACAACGGCGCGAACUUACCACCGCAAAUCGGCUUUGCUGUGCCAGCACGUGGCAUCACCCACGCACCAUUUGGAGCUCUGAAACUGUCUUCGCUCAUUUGUACAGUUAUAGAGGACUUACGGUUCCAUAUGUUUCUGAAUUGCGCAUUAUUCAGUUCACAAAUAAUGUCACACACUACGUGUCCAGAGUGGCUUGUGGCUUAUCAUGACUCGCCAGAACGAACUGUUCAGUGCAGACCUAGUUCAGCUGAGAUUUCCAUGAUCGAGCAGGGCGUCUCAUGACUCGUGAUGUCCAGGGAGGUCCACUGUAGUAGAAAACACCCACUCGCUGUCGAAAGACCACAUAGAACCUCAUUUUUUGACCCCGGAGACAGACCUUGUCAUUCCCGAAAUGAAUUCGCUAUACUCAAGAGUAAACUGAAGGAGCUUACGAGAAUCAAUUAUUUAUUGCAGUUCUUUCGCUGCUUGUCUGCCGUUCAUAACCGUGCCUUAGUCGAGAGCUACCUAUAAGCCCUUCGCUUCCAAGAAGACAGGUGUCGUGGCCUCACAAAAAAAAAAAAAAAAUGACGUGAAGGGAGGACUUUGAAGGGUUGCAGUUUUUGCACCAGCGCUCUUUCCUGAAUCGGGCUGAGUGAAGCUGUUGCCAUCCGCGUGAUCAUGGGGCGGCGCGAGUACAAGCAAACGAUUGAACAAGAGUGACUCGAGAGUACGAAGCGAGCCGAAGGACUGCAAGCGCUCUGAAUUUAUGUUCCGUUCCACAACAAUGUGGUAUUGAAGUGGAACCUGCAGCUGACGUCAACCAGUGUGGAGAGCGGUGGUGCCAAUGCAUAUGUCGCUGAGCAUCAGUACAUGACUAUCAGUCUCGGGCGCAUUUUCGAGCACCUAAGCACUUACACUUCACUGUCGUAUUAUCCUGAAACGGAGCAUAAAUACCGUGAUCAAAAAGAAUGUUAUCUAGUGGAGUAGAAAGCGUUUGACGAGCGCACUGCACGCGCGAUGUAUUGCCGUCGGUGCUUGUAGGGUCAAGUAGUGCCUUCACUGCCUUUAUGCUUUGGUACGUUUAUACAUACUGUCGUCUGAGAAUAUGCGAGAGCUCGCGAACAGCCAAUUGUUGGAACUACGGUUCUCGUACAUUUUCUGAGCUUCUGGGGUAGUGACGGGGAAUUGUAAUAAAGAAUUUUUUGCCUAUUGUC